AGGGAGGAUUUUUAUAUCGUAGCACAAUUAAAAAUUAAGCAGCUCGGAGAGAGGAGAAAGCACGUGCCGCCGACGUGCCCAAGUCUAGAAAAGCCGAAGUAACGAGAGAUGCCGAGCAAAACGAAACUGCUAGGCUAACGGAGUGAAAUAGCUCAUAUUAUGAGUAGUCUUUGCGUCAUAACAACACUGUUACUCAUCUGUGUGUAAACGAGUCGCCGUCAGUAUAUUAUAUACUUUAUCUGAUUCUUUUCCCCUGCGCGUUUAUUAAUAUCCCAUUUUCCAGAGCAUAAAUUAUUUCUUCCUAAUGAGGCUGAUCACCUUGAGGCUGUAACUAGUUUUAAUGUAUAUUUUCAAAUCCAGACUGUUCUUUUUUUCAGACGCACGAUUGCUCACGUGAGAAAUAGCGCGUGUCACGUAUCUCGCAGAAAUGUAAAGCAAUGAUUUCAUUGUUUUCAUUCACAACAAUUCUGUGGAUACUCCUCAGCAUAAAGUAUUUAUACCAGUUUUGAUGAAAAAUUGUUAACAAACGCGUUAACGUCUUAAAACUAACGAUUAUAAUUUACCCAUAAUACGGACAUGAUUUAUAAAACGUUCAGAGGAAAGAUGAACGUGUCAGCAUCGCGGCGACGAUUAAAAAUUCAAAUAAAAUCACGCCGCCCAUAGCGCGUGUCGUAUAUGUAUAUUCAAAACCGCUUCUCCGUAGAGCGAGUAAGUAAAAGAGAAAAAAAAAUAAGAUGAAACGAAUCGCUCGAGCGUGUCCUUUUAAUCCUUGCAACCGACGGGGGGCCUUGAUGGCGCUCGUCGCGUGUGCAUGUGUGUGCCUGAUGUGUGAGUGUAUGUAUUAUAUAAAAUCUAACUCCGAAAUAAUUCGGCAACGGCCUCGAGGCGGACACGAGCCACUGCUAAUGCGACUUUUAGAGGCCGUAAGUGUAUGCUACUUAGUGCUUUUCCACUUUUGGAGAAAUCAUAUCUCAUAUCGUCGUUCGGUUGACUCAGCUGUCGAUCAUCUCACUCGGUAUAGUGUGUAAUUCUUUUGCGAUGCGAAGCAUGCGUAGGUAAAUGUGGAGUAAUUUGUAAUUGAAAGAAUUUUUUUAAAAUUUUAGAUAUCACGGUAAGAAUAAAAAAAUCGACCGGGUGAGCUAAGCUACUAUCGGACCUGCCGCUUCUUUUAUAUUACAGCAACCUACUGAUUUGCAUUUUAUCUAUUAAUACCUACCCUCGAUCUAUUUUCGGAACCUCGUGUAUACGUUCCACAAAUUUUAAUACAAAUUCUAUUUUUAAACCGGUUAUCAACACGCCGCAUUACAGCGAUCGACUGGAUUGUUUGGAAUACCUUCGGAGUUUGUAAAUACAUAAAAGUUUGUUAUACAUCGAUCGAUCGCUUCGAAUAUUUAGCGAAAUCGAACCUUGAUCAACCUGCACUUAAUCGUUGCAAUCGAAUUCAAUCAACACAGGCUUGUGUGUUUAUUAGGUAUGCGAAGAGAUUUUUACAAUUCGCGCGACGCAAGGCCACGUGAUUAGAUAAAUAAUCAAUCAUCUAUCGAAUGAACCACGCAGCGUGUGUCUUUUCAUUCCAUUCGUAUACGCAUCACCUUUGCAUAUCUAACAUAACCGAGUAAACAUCGUUCUCCAGCCUAUAAAUAAAUCCGAUUCUCAAUACUUAAAUAAAGCGUAUAAUACAACAUUCGAUCGGUAAUAUCGGCAAACGGCAAUCGGCAGUGCGCGCGCGCAUCAAAGACCCGCAGUGACGUCCCCUCGAUCUUUCUGGGCCUGGGCCCAUUUAUAUAAAUACUCCCAACUAUCGCUUCGAAAUUCAAAAUUAACAAUGCAUAAAGCCGCACUUAAACGACACUUGGCCCCGCGAUAGCCGAAGCGCCGAUCGAUACGAUCGUCAAAAGCCCGCGAGAGAGAUAUGACGUGCGUAUAAAUGACGGCCAGAGCGACUCUCUCUUCUCUUUCUUCAGAGUAAUACUUGUACUUACAUAAGUGUAUACACGCGUCACACAUACACAUCGUCAUCAUCGCGUAUAUCCGUAUACGCUCUGUGUGCAGUCUGCUAUUUCGAGUCCGCGCCGCGAGCGCCGCCGGAAAAGCUACGCGCCGCGCCAGUUUUUCCCUGUUUUAGAGUUGUUAUACCCGCACUGUUUAGUUUAGUGUACUCGACGACACGGCAGAGGAGAGAACAGCAGCUGCACUUUUCGCGCGCAUUUCUCGCCGGAUCGUUAUAGCUCAGAGUCGUGUGCUACGCACUCACCUGCGCGCGAACGAGCCUCGUAUACACAGGCUGUGCUGUUUUUUUUUAUCCUAGCUACGAUUACAUAUUUUGUUCCGGAUCGGAGAGCUGCUACAGCGCGGAGCUCCUGCUUUUCGGAGUAGAGAUCGUGGGAGAGCUGUGGAAAAGACGGCAGCCGACAUUAUUUGAAAGAUGAAUACCGACGUGGAGAGCUGUCUCAAGGACUGGAAUGACCUGCAGAAUGACUACAAGGAACUCGAGGCGUUAAACAGAACAUACUUGGCCAAGUUGGAGGAGGUAGGAGAGCUGCAGAAAAAAUGCCAGAAUGGAAUAUCACAUCAGAAGUAUCGCAUGGGAGUCAUAAAAAAGUCCUUGAAACAUCUUCAUGCGAGCGAGACCAGGCAAAUGUUGGACAAAGACAUGCAGAGGAGAGAGCAGCAAAUUCACGAGAUGGAGCAAACGUUGCCAAAAGCAAAUGGAACGUAUCUUUCUAUAAUACUAGGUAGCGUUAAUGUCUCGAUAUUGAACAAAAAUGAUAAGUUUAAGUACAAAGAUGAAUAUGAAAAAUUCAAGCUUGUUUUAUCUGUGAUUGGAUUCAUCCUCUCAGUAAUUAAUUUAUUUACAAAUUACAGAACAUUGGAGCUGAGCUUCAUGUUUCUGCUAGUCUGGUAUUAUUGUACUCUGACGAUACGAGAAAGCAUACUUAAAGUUAAUGGAUCAAGAAUCAAAGGCUGGUGGAGAUUUCACCAUUUCCUGUCUACUGUAGUAUCUGGUGUACUAUUAGUCUGGCCAAAUACUGGGCCAUGGUAUGCAUUCCGAGGACAAUUCAUGUGGUUCAAUGUUUACAUAAGUGUAGUUCAGUAUCUGCAAUUCCGUUAUCAGCGCGGUGUGCUCUAUCGUCUGAAAGCGCUGGGUGAACGGCACAAUAUGGACAUCACGAUCGAAGGCUUUCAUUCGUGGAUGUGGCGAGGAUUAUCCUUCCUCUUGCCUUUCCUUUUCUUUGGCUACUUUUUCCAGCUCUACAAUGCCUACACGCUUCUGAAACUCACCUGGCAUCCGGAAGCGACUUGGCAUGUUCCGGUGCUAAGCGCGAUGUUCCUGGUACUAUUUUUGGGUAACAUGACGACAACGAUAAUGGUGAUACCACAAAAGCUCCGAAGUAGAGUGAUGGAUACCUUUAGUUCUGGCUUCAAUUACAAGCCUGCUUCUAAGAAAGAAGAGAUGACGGAAGACAAGGAGAAAGUGGAAGAGAAAGAGAAGCCUAAUGAGAAUGAUAUAAAGGCGACUAAAAGUGAUUGAAAACCUAAUUAAAUGUCAAUUUUGAAGUUGAAAUAUGUUUGAGUGGCACUUCUACUGUGCUAUUCACUCAAAAUAAAACUUUUGCUAUUUAACGAUAAUUUGGAGAAAACGAAAUUUACAGGUGGUGUGAUUUUUGUUACAGAGUUCUUGAGAAUGUUUGUAGUUGUUAUAUAUUAGUAAGGUUCACUCUUUGCUUUGAAAUCGGUAGUGAAAAUGACUUCUUUUACAAGCGAGAAAGCUAAUAAUUAAUUUGCAAUAGCGAGUUCAACUGACGUAAAAUAUAUAUAUUUUUUUUUAAUUGAUUGCUGUAGAUUACUUAUUGAUUUUAAUUAAGCUUGCUCAUAAGAAAUUAUCAGUAUGAGUAAUUAAAUUGACAGAUGUUGGCUAAUUUAUCAAGAAAUCAAUUGAAAAAAUUGAAGUGCCGUAAAGCAAAUGACGCAUGUGACUCUUCAGGAGCCUCCUAAUGAAAUUACUUGUUGUUAAUAGGGAGACAGGGGUUUUUAGCCUAUUUAGCUUAUUAUAACGUCGGCCAAUAUCGUUCGAAGACGAAGAAAGAUAAACGUUUAAAUAACGCCCAUCUAGUCCGAACUCUAGCUCUACGUUCACGUAUGUAUUGUCACGCACAAGAUUCUUGCAGAAUCAUUGCCAUUCAUCAUUCCAGUAAGGGAGUCAUUAGCUCUCCCUCGAGAAAAUAGAAAAGUGUUAAACAUUCAAACUGAACCGUUAUAAUACAUUAGCAAAAUAAAGAUGUGGUAUGAUAGCGAAUUUAUUAUUUUUAAAUAAAAAUUGAAAAGGAAAUGCUUCACUUGAUUAAUAAAGUUAGCUUAUUUUUUUAACAUGUCUGCGCUCUUCGUCGAUUGAUUAUUUACCUGUAUAUUUUUUGUAUGUAUUUUUUAUACAUUUUUUAGAGGGUCGUUAGUAGGACCUUUGAAGUGAAAGCUUUGUUUUUCAAUUUUUUAUAUGCAUGUUAUUUAUGCCUCUUAAUGAUAAUUUAUGAUAAAUUUAAUAAUUACAUUUUGUAUAGCUUGUGGUUUUGAUAGAUUGUGUUUAACUUUACUCACAAAUGCAAAUAAAGAAGAAAAUUGUUUACAUUACAC